CGACGGAGACCUCCUUUCCUUCCUCUCCGGCGACACAUACUUGCUGUUGAGCUUGAGCUUGAUCUCUAACCUCAUGCAUUGAUUGAACCGCCGCAUCAUCUCCGAACCCUCUUGACUGGCAACAAUCGCGCGAUGGAUCCAGACGUGGACGACUCUAACCCAAUUACUGCGCCUAUGCAUGUCAUUCUUCAGGAUGCUCUUGACGAGUUAGUAUCCAUCAGAACGUCUACCGCAACAAAGGGCGACGCCCUGGUGGCCAUCGAACAUGUACUCGCCGAGACGUCUGACCCGAGGGCUGUGGGGCUACUGGAAUACUUUAAUGAGCUGCAGGAUACGUUUCAAUGUAAUGUGUCAUCACGGAUUAUCUCGUGGACGUCAGUUACUUCCGGUCUGCUUGACAAAGCUCUGCACAAGGGUUCUACUGAUGAUGUCAGGAGAUGCGAAGUCAUAAGCUUUUCCUCCCAAUUGGCCCAAGGGAUGUCUAUCAUUCAAGGUGUUGCCUUGAUACACAAACCGAGCAAGCAAUUUCUUGGCCGGAGAUACUCUUUAGAGGUCUUGUUAGACCUUCUACUCGUGUCACGCCAUUUGACUACCCCCACUGCCUCCAGCAUGCCGACAUCACCGAUAGCUGGCGUAUCUUCUGCCUCACCGCCGAAGUCGUCUGAUGCGCCUCUUGCCUCUGUUAUACUUGAUACCUUGCUGUGCAUUCUGGUCGACUCCAGCCCUGCCCUGCGCGUCUUCGAGGACUUAAAUGGGGUUCAGGUUGUCGUCAGGAUCUUGAAGCGGGCAGGUACCCCAAGAGAAGUCAGGAUGAAGUGCCUUGAAUUCCUCUACUUCUACCUGUUGGACGAGACCACUCCUCCAGAACUUGCCCCCGACGCUGUCGUAUCUGACAUGUCAAUUUCCGAAACGCCCACCGCACGAUCGACAAUCUCGGAUCGCUCUAACUCCUCCCUCACGGCAGCGUACUCAGCAGGAUACUCAACCGCUCCUUCAUCGAGAUCCUCUUCAGGCUCCUCAGCGUUUUCCGUCCUUUCUACCUCUACAACAGCAACCUCCGCGUCGUUGCUCGAUGCCUCGAUAUCGCCCAAGCCUCAUACGCACGUUGAUACACCUGCGAAGCCAGCCUUGAAGCCGAAGUCCGUCAUUCCCGGACUCACGCCCUCAACACGCAACAUAACCCCUCCAUCCGGCGGUAGCAGCGCAAGCGCGCUCGGCCGUGUGCAGUCACGUUCCAAGUUGCUUAUGCUAAAGAACGAGGUAGAUUAUGUUCCGCUCAGCCCAAAGAAGCCCCAAUUAUCGCAUCUCGGCCGCGGACCAAGCGGGCUGCGCCCGAAGCCCGAGCGCGGCCCAAGUCACUCCAAACUGCGUCUCUCAAGCGAGGUGCAACCCGCUGAGGACACCCGUGGUAAUGACCUAGGCGGGAGCAGCCUCGCGGCCACUCGAUGGACAAGCCCGAACACUCCACACGCUUCGCGCGCCUCGCACUCGCACUCACGCGGGAUCUCAGUCUCCUCCAUCUCGUCUAUUUCGUCCAUCUCCUCCGUCGAGUCUGCUUCUCUUCGCACAGGGCAACCCCCAACCACCCCAGGCACGCGUCGCGAUAAGCUCAAAUCCAAUCAUACCGAAAUCCUCGAGACGCCCAAGCCUGCAUCGUCUAAGGUGCAGGCGCAUCGACGUGCACAGAGCCUAGCAGACUUCUCUUCCCCUUCCGCUUCGGACCUGUCUCCACUUGCGGCGUCGAGGUGUGCGAGCACACCGACAAGCAGCGGAGCGGGUACGGAAGGCCACAGGGGGCCAAAGACCAUGGCGGAGAAGAAGGAGAUUUUGGGGACGAUGCUGGGGAAUGUAGAUGCACUAGUUGAGGGCGUGAAGAAGGCUGGAGUCUGGGGGCUGAGCUGAGCAUAGGUCUGUCAUCAGCUUCAGACAGGGAGGGAUCGAGAUCGAACCGUUUGUGUUCGCGUAUGUUCUCCAACGUGCUAUCAUUGUUAUUGUUGCAUUGCUAUCUGAAUCAGUUGUUUUGUGACACUUUCGCGCAGGUAUCUAAGCAAUAUAGGACUUCUCAAUAUGCAAUCCGGCGCUUUUGGAUACAAGGGAAUCGUUUCCGGUGAUGCUGCACGACGAUUCAUUUUCGUAUGGACGCGAGCCUAUCACCGACUACUUCACCUUCUCAACAUUGCCGGUACCUUGUUGCAUACGUCUCAGCCAUCCAACCC